AUGGGGAAUAUCAUAAAUCGGUUUAUUUUUAAUUACCCAGUUGAUGGAAGCUAUGAAAAAUUUCACUUAGAUUUUAUUUUUAUUGAAACGGAAAAUGGGGGUAAAAUUGCAGCAUAUUUUAUAAAUAGAGGUGCCCCAUUAACUAUUUUAUUUUGCCAUGGAAAUGGUGAGAACAUUUACAUGUUAUAUGAUUACUUUUGCGAGACAUCAAAAAUAUGGAAUGUUAAUGUGUUCUUAUAUGAUUAUCCCGGAUAUGGAGAGAGCACUGGAAUGCCAACCGAAAAAAAUAUGUACCUAAGUGGAAAUGUGGCAUAUGACUAUAUGGUGAAUAAGUUAAACAUAAAACCAGACAAUAUUGUCUUAUACGGGAAAUCCAUAGGUUCGUGUGCUGCGAUCGAAAUAGCCAUUAUGAAGAAGGUAAAAGGUAUAAUUUUGCAGAGUGCUUUAAUGUCCCUACUGAAUAUAUGUUUUAAAACGCGAUUUGUCCUUCCAUUCGAUUCCUUUUGUAACAUAAAGAAGAUCGGCAUGAUUCCCUGCUUUGUAUUUUUCAUCCAUGGCACCGAUGACAAAAUAGUUCCCUUUUAUCAUGGAUUGAGUCUCUAUGAAAAGUGUAAACUGAAAGUUCACCCGUACUGGGUUAUCGGUGGCAAGCAUAAUGAUAUCGAAUUAAUUGAUAAUAUAAAAUUCAAUAAAAGCAUCAAGUGUUUUUUAAAAUUUCUCAGUAAUUUGUAA